AUGGAUACAGAAGACAUAGGCUCAGGUAAACUAGGCCAAAUAUUGAAGCAGAUUUGGAGACAAAACCUGAUGCUAAAGCAGGAGCUCCUGGGUGAAGACCAUUGUGAAGGGGCUGGCGGGGGCACUUGGAUAGCCACAGUGGUCUUUCUGGGUCAAGAACUCAGUGAGGCCCUUCACCAACUCUUGGAACAUACUACAGGGACUCUGUGCUCCACCUAACAGCAGCUGUAUGUACUGCUUGACAAAGAGAAUUAUUGUACCUGGAGACAAGAAAUCAUUGCAUUCAUAGAUUGCCUCAUGAAAAGAAAAUAUUUGGGGAGCACUGCUACAUUUCUAAAGAAAGAAGAAAAGGAGAUGUGUAAUUUAUGCGGCAUGCAUGAUGAAUGUACUCCACUGCAGACAAUGUCCACCAUUCAAGAUAUCAAAGCAACAGACAUUGCUGCAAGAGGGGAACAAAAUGUCAUAGAAACAGCUACUGUUUCUCCCACAAGAGAGGAAAGUCAUUACACAAACCAGGUUCAGAUAAAAAAAAAUAAAAUACAUAGGAGUUCAGAACUAGUGGGAAAAUAAAACAAUACAUCAUUGAAGGGAGAUGUAACAGGGCAAGAAGAGUCACAAAACAAAAUGUUCCCAGAUAAUGCAGAAAAUGAAGAUGAUAAACAAAUAGAACACAUGACUGUUGAGAACAUAAAUAGCAACAGGGAAGAGAUGCAUGACAUAAUCCAGACAAGAGAAAGAGAAAUUCAAGAGACCUCAGAAAGCCAAAGUGAAGAGAUUACCACAUCCUCAACAACAUGUGAUAUCUCCAGUAAAUAUGUGAAUAGUCCUCUUCCCAGUGAUUCAGAGAGUCUAAAGCAAAAGCAUAACAUCAUGGAAAAGGAGUAUCUUGAUGUGCUGAGUGAUGAUACUGUCACCCAAGUGUCUUGUUAUAUUACAGCACCAUCCUAUGUUCUACAACAUCUAGAAUGCCAUAUUAAUAACAUGAGUUCUUUAAUAGUGAGUGAUAAUGAAGAAUUGGUCAGCAAUGUUAUCACUGUAGAGUGCUCAGAUAUGGAAAAGAGAAUUCCAUUUCCAAUAUGCAUUGCAAUUCCAUUUACUGAACGUUACAGGGGAAAUUACAGAGACAUCAUGGUGAAAGUGUCUGAUGUAGACUUUCAAUCAAGUUACCUGACUCCAAAUUCACUGGAAGGAAUGAGAGGAAGUUACAAGGUGACCCGUGCUGAAGUGAAAGUUUAUAAGUUGGGUAUCUUUUCUGUUGUGUCUUGUUUAAAGAAAGAGUCCUUGACAGUAACAAAGAAAGGCCUUACUCUUAAGCCAAGCAUGGAUUCUCAAAUAUCCUUAAAUCACCCUCCAGGAGUUUUCAGCUCACCAGUACUUGUACAAUUAAAGGUCCAACCAAUUGACCCAUCUCUGGUGGCAUAUUUAAAAACUCAGCAAGAUACUUCCUACUCAGUACUAUCCACAAGCCCUCUGAUUCAUGUUCAGCACCCAUCAACACAUCUUUUCCAGAAGCCAAUCACUGUACUCCUACCUUGCUCUACACACCCUGAUAAAAAAAAUCUUGGGUCUGAGAUAGAUCAUAAAAGAACAGCUAGUGCCACAACAAACAGAAUCAUACCUUUAUACCUCAACUGGACAAAAAGCACUUCCAUAAGAAAACCUGGGAGCAAUGCUUGUGAAUCUUUGAAAUUAUAGGGAUUCAGAAGCCAAGACAGUGGUUGGUUUGUGCUUGAUGGUUUCGCGGUGAGAACCAUGCAAAGUGGCUUGAUAUCAUUUGAAUUGUGUGAACAUUUAGAGAAGUUUAUAGUGCUUCACCCGUCUUCCAUUGUGGACAAUAGCCAUUUGGUUUCUUUUGUGAAGUCUUUGGAGGAAGCCACGCUCAGCAUCACUGUUUGCAUUGUACUUUAUCACCAGAAAGACAACCCACAUAGAACUGUCAUUUUAGUGGUGCCUUCUAAAGAUUUACAUCAGGUGCUUAGGAACUUGCGCUUGGAAGCAUCUAGUGGUCCUCCAGAGCCAUCUCGCCAUUUCCAAGUGAAAGAAGGAGAACAACUCCUUUUAAGGUUUACUGGAAACAUAUUUGCUUCAAGCAAUGGGAAGGAUUAUGGAAAAGACUACAAGCUUAUUUUUCAUUUACAAAGGAAACCUAGACUGGAACUCCAAAUCAAAGAGGUGGAUGAAUUGGGAAACUAUAGCUGCCCUCAUUAUAAGGGUACCAUUGUAGUUUAUAAAGUACCUAAAGAAAAGAUAGUCCACAACUUGGAUCAAUCUCUUAUACUUAACGAAAACAAUUAUCAGUUGCCAAUUUGCAAAUUACCAUUGAAAUUGCCAAAGGACAGAGUGGCAACUUUUAACCUCUCACACGUUAGUCUGGAAACCGAAAGUCUAGCCCACUUCUUCAUGCCAGUAUGUCCUCACCCAACACUGAUAAGUGCUGAUAUAAAAGAAAACACAGAAAAUGAUACAAUAGGUUCUACCAGUGGCAUGACUGUAAGAGGUGCUAAAAUGAUUAAAGAAGACAAUUUACAUCAUACAAAUAAACUUUAUUUAAGACUUCAUGAAGUGGACAGUCUCCUUUCAGAGAACUACAAAAUGGGGCGGAAGUCAAGAAACUUUCAUAAGGUCAACUGCUUGUCCACCGCUCUGUGCUCAGGUCCACACUGUGAUUCUAAAGUAGCAGGGGAAAUGCAGCUCUUGGACAUCAUGGAACUGGUGGAACCAGGGAAAGUGAAAGUGCUGGGGUCUGAGGAAUAUUUUGAGCAGUUCCUGUUUCCAGUCAUCAGCAAGAUGCAGGAGACUAUUGUGUCUUGCACCGGAGUGCACAGGAGAGCAUAUAGGCAGAAUAGGAGCAAGUUCUUAGAGCUUGUCGAUCACAUUCAGUAUCAUUUCAUAACCCUGGGCAUCCCUGUAGUUGACUGCAAUGUGAAAGCCCUGUGGGACAACUUGCUCUACUGGCUGGCAGACGAGCUCUCAGAAGAAAACGCCCUGUGUCUCUUCUCAUCCCUCCCCCUUCGCCACAGCACCAUUCAGCUCAUCAAACUGAAGAACCCUGAUGAUCUCACAGACCAGACCCACGACCUUCUUUGCUUUUGGAAAAGAUCACUCCCAAAUUCCACAGACAAACUUCGUCUUCUGGCUCGCCAUCUCCGCAAGAUCAGCAGGAGUGACCUUGCAGAAGAGCUCAAAUUCAAGUGGGAAAAUAAAGUGUUCACUGAACCCCAGCAGUGGUCUGAUGUGGUGGAGUUCAGCCCCGUUGCUCUUUCUUUUGCCCUAGGAAAAGUGUCACAGUCGGUUUGA